CCUUCCACCACGCCAACAGUUUCCAGUAGCUUCUCCCCACACGGCGGCCGCAGCAUCACCCCAUGAGCCGGCCCACGGGCUCGUGGCAACACCAGGCGCAGCACCGGGGGCGCAUGUGGGCCGCCUCCCCGGCCUUCCGCAGGCAGCUCGUCCUGCUCCGCUCCCUCCUCCCCCAGUCUCCUCCUCCCUCCUCGCCGCCCUCCUCCGUCGUCGGCCGCCGCUUCGCCCCCCUGUCCUCCCCCUCGGGCACCUCCGGUUCCCUCCGGGCCGCCCACGCGAUGGCGGCGGCGACGGUGUACGAGGCGGACGCGGAGGCCGUCGUCCGCCGGAUCACGCCGCCGCUCGACCGCGCCAGGCACAAUGGCCAGGCAGGGAAUAUAGCAGUAAUUGGUGGAUGUCGUGAGUACACCGGCGCUCCAUAUUUUGCAGCUACCUCUGCCUUGAAAGUUGGUGCAGAUCUUUCACAUGUUUUCUGCACAAAAGAUGCUGCAACAGUAAUUAAGAGUUAUAGCCCUGAACUGAUUGUACAUCCGAUACUGGAGGAAUCAUACAGUGUAAAAGAUGAUGAAAGAGCAUCUGUAUCUUCUAAAAUUCUCACUGAAGUUGCUAAGUGGAUGGAGCGUUUUGAUUGCAUUGUCAUUGGUCCUGGCCUUGGAAGGGACUCAUUUCUUCUGGAUUGUGUGAGUAAUAUUAUGAAGCAUGCAAGGCAGGCUAAUAUUCCUACUGUUGUUGAUGGGGAUGGCCUUUUUCUUAUAACCAAUAACCUUGGUCUUGUUGAGGGCAACCCUCUUGCCAUUUUAACACCAAAUGUAUAUGAGUACAAACGUCUUGUUCAGAAGGUCCUUAACUGUGAUGUAAGUGAGGAAACUGCUUCGGAGCAACUGACGGCACUUUGCCAAAAAAUUGGUGGUGUGACAAUAAUGCGGAAAGGAAAGGCAGAUGUCAUUUGUGAUGGUAAAACAGAAGUGACGCAAGCGAGUACUUUUGGUUCCCCAAGGCGAUGUGGUGGUCAAGGGGACAUCCUUUCUGGAAGUGUGGCAGUAUUUACAUCUUGGGCACAGCACUUCAUCGUGUCAAAUGAGCAACCUACAGAGAAGAGAGUCAAUCCUAUGACACUUGGGUGCAUAGCUGGCUCUCUACUGCUCAGAAAAGCUGCAUCACUUGCUUUUGAGAAGAACAAGCGAUCGACAGUCACCACAGACAUCAUUGAGUUCUUGGGCAAAAGCUAGGAAGAUAUCUGCCCUGCUGAGCACUAGUUCUGGUCAGUACUUGUCAUGCAUGUGCAGCUCUAAUAAUGUUCAUCCAUGCGUUUUGAUCCCUAUAUCUCCUUUACUGUGUACAUGUCCGAUAGGAAUAGGGUGUUACCAGGCUUGGAUCCAAUGUUUAUUGUCCAGUGUUGUUGAGAAGAACUGCAGUAAAAUCAAGGAAUAUAGGUUUUCUGAGAAUUGAGACUCUGGAAAGACUCAGAGAAUACUGAACGCAUGCUUAGGUAGUGCGGUGGAUCUGUAGUUGUCACGCAGGGCAGGGAUAUCAUGUUUGGGUUGGUAUUCUACAAAGUACCAAUGCAGUUACUUAAAACUGAUGGGGUCCAAUGAUCGAUGAGAUGUCAACAACAAUGCAAUCCUCACAUAUUGACAACA